CAAUACUGGCCUCUCUCCGAGGCAGCAGGAUAGUAGUAGAGGAAGUGCGGCUUCUCCAUUCAUUCCCACGCAGGCUAGUGACUGGCGGCACAAGCUCUAGUCGCAGGGAGGUGAAGCGCUGGGUUAGGCUACAAGACGCGGAGCCAUCUCUAUAAGGGCACCAUGGCCAAAAUGGAGGGUAAGACGUCACUGCUGGACAACAUGAUUGGUGUGGGGGACAUGGUUCUUUUAGAACCACUUGAUGAAGAAUCCUUUAUCAAUAACCUAAAAAAGCGUUUUGAUCACAGUGAAAUUUAUACCUACAUAGGCAGCGUGGUUAUAUCAGUAAACCCCUACAGGUCACUACCUGUUUACACACCGGACAAAGUGGAAGAAUACAGGAAUCGUAACUUUUAUGAAUUGAGUCCACAUAUUUACGCUCUUUCUGAUGAAGCGUAUCGUUCUCUAAGGGACCAAGACAAGGAUCAGUGUAUUCUCAUCACUGGUGAAAGUGGAGCAGGAAAAACAGAGGCAAGCAAGCUGGUUAUGUCUUAUGUAGCAGCUGUAUGUGGUAAGGGAGCUGAAGUUAACCAAGUGAAGGAACAACUCUUGCAGUCAAAUCCAGUCCUGGAAGCAUUUGGAAAUGCAAAAACUGUGAGGAAUGACAACUCUUCCAGAUUUGGCAAAUACAUGGAUAUUGAAUUUGAUUUCAAGGGAGACCCACUUGGGGGCGUUAUAAGCAACUAUCUCCUGGAAAAGUCCAGGGUUGUUAGACAGCCAAGGGGUGAAAGAAAUUUUCACAUCUUCUAUCAGUUGUUGUCUGGUGCUUCAGAGGAUCUACUAACUAAAUUAAAACUGGAACGGGACUUCAGCAAAUACAACUAUCUCAGCUUAGAUUCUGCAAAAGUGAAUGGAGUGGAUGAUGCAUCUAACUUCAGAACUGUCAGGAAUGCGAUGCAGAUUGUAGGCUUUAUGGAGCACGAAACACAGUCUGUUUUAGAAGUUAUAGCUGCAGUGCUAAAAUUGGGGAACAUUGAGUUCAAACCAGAAUCUCGUGUUAAUGGUCAGGAUGAAAGCAAAAUUAAAGACAAAAACGAGUUGAAAGAAAUCUGUGAGCUGACGGGCAUUGACCAGAGUGUGCUAGAACGAGCUUUCAGCUUCCGAACUGUGGAAGCCAAACAAGAGAAGGUCUCCACAACACUCAAUGUUGCUCAGGCCUACUAUGCACGUGACGCCCUGGCUAAAAACCUGUACAGCAGAUUGUUCUCCUGGCUUGUCAACCGGAUAAAUGAGAGCAUUAAGGCACAAAGUAAAGUACGAAAGAAGGUAAUGGGAGUCCUGGACAUUUACGGUUUUGAGAUUUUUGAGGAGAACAGUUUUGAGCAGUUUAUUAUCAACUACUGCAAUGAAAAGCUGCAACAGAUCUUCAUUGAACUGACUCUUAAAGAGGAACAGGAGGAAUAUAUACGUGAGGGAAUUGAGUGGACACACAUUGAAUACUUCAACAAUGCCAUUAUAUGUGAUCUGAUUGAGAAUAACCAAAAUGGAAUCCUGGCCAUGUUAGAUGAAGAAUGCUUGCGACCAGGCACGGUGACUGACGAGACUUUCUUGGAGAAGCUGAAUCAAAUUUGUGCCACUCAUCAGCAUUUUGAGAGCCGAAUGAGCAAGUCUUCUCGCUUCCUGAAUGACACGUCUCUACCACACAGCUGCUUCAGGAUUCAGCAUUAUGCUGGCAAGGUCAUGUACCAAGUAGAAGGGUUUGUUGAUAAGAACAAUGACCUUCUAUAUCGAGACCUUUCUCAAGCUAUGUGGAAAGCAAACAAUGGGCUUAUCAAAGAUAUGUUCCCAGAGGGUAACCCAGUCAAGAUUAACCUCAAGAGGCCACCAACUGCUGGUUCACAAUUUAAAGCUUCAGUAUCAACCCUGAUGAAAAACUUGCUUACAAAGAACCCCAACUAUAUCCGAUGCAUCAAGCCAAAUGACAAGAAGGCUGCCCAUAUCUUUAAUGAUGCCUUGGUGCGCCACCAAGUGAGUUACCUUGGCCUGUUAGAAAACGUCAGAGUGAGAAGGGCUGGUUAUGCCUUCAGGCAACCAUAUGAGCCUUGUCUGGAAAGAUACAAGAUGUUGUGUAAGCAGACAUGGCCACACUGGAAAGGUCCAGCAAGAGCUGGUGUGGAAGUGUUACUCAAUGACUUGGAAAUCUGUAAAGAGGAAUUUUCUUUUGGGAGAUCAAAAAUCUUUAUCCGUAACCCAAGAACGCUGUUCAAACUUGAAGAAUUGAGAAAGGAACGCUUAGAAGACCUUGCCACUCUAAUUCAGAAAAUCUACAGAGGAUGGAAGUGUCGCACUCAUUUCUUACUGAUGAAGAGGAGUCAGGUGGUUGUGGCUGCCUGGGUCAGGCGCUAUCUUCAACAAAAUAAGUACAAGCAGAUUAAAAGUUCCACCAUUGUGGUGCAGUCAUAUACCAGGGGAUGGAAGGCACGGAAGAUCCUUCGGGAGCUGAAGUACCAGAAGCUCUGCAAUGAAGCAGCUACAACAAUUGCAGCUUAUUGGCAUGGAACUCAGGCGAGAAGGGAACUGAGGCGACUGAAGGAAGAGGCUAGGAAUAAACAUGCUAUUGCUGUAAUAUGGGCUUACUGGCUUGGACUUAAGGCUCGGAGGGAAUUGAAACGCUUGAAGGAGGAGGCUAGGCGUAAGCAUGCAGUUGCAGUCAUUUGGGCUUACUGGCUUGGACUAAAGGUACGUAGAGAAUACAGGAAAUUUUUCCGUGCCAAUGCUGGAAAGAAGAUUUAUGAGUUCACAAUACAGAGAAUAAUGCAAAAGUACUUCUUGGAAAUGAAGAAUAAGGUUCCCUCAGUAUCUCCUAUAGACAACAACUGGCCAACAAGACCUUACCUCUUUUUGGAGGCAACACACAAGGAAAUGAAGAGGAUUUUCCAUCUGUGGAGGUGCAAAAAAUACAGGGAUCAGUUCACAGAACAGAAAAAGUUCAUUUAUGAUGAAAAACUGGAAGCAAGUGAACUCUUCAAGGAGAAGAAGUCUCUGUACCCUGCCAGUGUCGGACAGCCAUUCCAAGGCGAUUACUUGGAAAUCACCAAAAAUCCCAAAUAUAAAAAGCUAAGUGAUGCCAUUGAAGAUAAAAUAAUAAUUGCAGACACUGUGAGUAAAAUCAACCGAGCCAAUGGAAAGGGAGCAACAAGGAUUUUCUUAUUGACAAAGAGCAAUGUCAUUAUUGCUGACCACAAGUCAGGUCAGAUCAAGCUGGAAGUUCCUCUAGGUGAUGUCACCAAAGUCAGCAUGAGUUCCCAAAGUGAUGGCUUCUUUGCACUCCAUCUCAAAGAGGGUUCUGCAGCUGCUUCCAAGGGUGAUUUCCUCUUCAGCAAUGAUCAUUUGAUAGAGAUGGCUACCAAGCUUUAUCGAACUACCCUGAUGCAGACGAAGCAGAAGAUUAUUAUAGAGAUUGCAGAUGAGUUCUUGGUGCAGUUCAAGCAGGAUAAAGUAUGUGUGAAAUUCAUUCAAGGCACCCAGAAGAAUGGAAACAUUCCCACAUGCAAGCGGAAAAACAAUCGCCUUCUGGAAGUAGCUGUGCCCUAACAGAUCAGUCUUUACUAUAUGGACAUUUUCAGUUGUAACAGUGCAAUUUUUAAGGGGAUGGGGGUCAGCUUUUUUUAUUAUAUUUGGAUUUGUGCCAAGAGAGGAUGAUAAUGUGCCUUCACAAUCUGAUAGAUCUAAUCUUGAGAACAUUUUAAGCUUUUAUCCACAGUUUUAAGCAACUGUUUUAUCUCCUACAGUUAAUCAAACUAGAACAUUUCUUACAAGGUACUUACAAAUAUGCAGUAAUCUGCCAUCUCUCAAACUGAGCCUUGAUUUCUUUGUCAUUGUGACAUGUGGAACCUCUACCUGAUGGAAUCUGCUGGUUCUGCUCCAGCUCUUAUUGGAGCCUAAUAGUUGUCCAUGAUGGCAGUAUAUUCAUAUGUCCUAAUUAUUCAAGUCAUUUAUUAAUUU